AUGUCGAGCGAAUCAUUGAAUACAAAUAUUGAAAUCGAUAUUGCUAUGGACGAAACAUCAAUCGACGAAGAACCAAACAAUUUAUUUGAUGAUGUUAUUGACAAUUGGUCAAUUUGUGUUGUUGAAAAUUUGGAUUCAUCUGCAUUUGAUACAUUACAAGAAGAUAUUGCUAUUUUGAUGAAAAAAUGCCGAUCAAUUAUUAAACCUAUUAACAAACCAACUAUUUUAAUGAAUUAUGUUGUUAAUCUUAAACCAUAA